GAGGUCACAGGUAAGCCCCGCCCCUCAUCGAUAAGCCCCGCCCCUCCUGAAGCCAUCCUGUUGCCCAGGGUCUGGUUGGAGCAGUGAGAAGAUGAAGAUGUUUGUGAGGAGCUGCCUCAUCGUGUGGAGCGUCGUCGUCGUCGCUGCUGCUACCGUGUUCGUCCAGAAGCAGGACGCCAACUUGUUGCUGCGACGAUGGAAACGAGCUAACAACGGGUUCCUGGAGGAGCUGAAGCAAGGAAACCUGGAGCGGGAAUGUAUCGAGGAGAUCUGUGACUACGAGGAGGCCAGGGAGGUGUUCGAGGACGACGCCAAGACGAGGCAGUUCUGGCAGACAUAUGACCGCCGUGACCCCUGCCUCGUGAACCCAUGUCGUAACAACGGUCAGUGUCUGUACGUCGGCUCCAACUACGAGUGUCAGUGUCCCGAAGGCUUUGAGGGUCGCUACUGUCAGACAGUGUUUGAGGACUCCCUGAAGUGUCUCUACCAGAACGGACAUUGUCAACAUUUCUGUGACGGUUCUGGGGAGAAGAGACGAUGUUCCUGCGCUGAAGGAUACCAACUAGGAGACGACGGACGGGAGUGUGUCGCUCAAGUGCAGUACCCGUGUGGACAGGUAGCGCCAGAGGAAAGUGAACAGAACCCGACUGAGGUGGCUCAGACCAGAGCGGUGGGAGGGAACCACUGCCCCAGAGGACAGUGCCCCUGGCAGGUCCUGGUCCAGUUAAAUGGGCGGAGUCACUGCGGGGGCAUCCUGGUUCGUCCUGACUGGGUCGUCACAGCCGCCCACUGUAUCCAUGGCAACAGCCCCCAGAACCUGACCGUGGUGGCAGGGGAACACAACCUGGAGGAGGAGGAGGGCACGGAGCAGAGGAUACCGGUUUCCAUGGCGACGGCCCACCAUAGCUACGACCCGGCGAGUGGCGACGGCGACCUGGCUCUGCUGAGGCUGAGCCGGGCCGUGGUCCUGGGCCGCCACGCCGUCCCGGUCUGCCUGCCCACCAGAGACUUCGCCCAGAGGGAGCUCCUCCCACUGCGCUACCACACCGUGUCCGGCUGGGGCAAGAGGACCACCGGGGGCAACGGCGAGCCCGCCCUGCUGUCCUCCCCCUUCCUCCGUAAGUUGUCCGUCCCGAUCGUCCCGACGUCCCAGUGCUCUCAGAAGUCCGGCUUCAACUUCACCGCCAACAUGCUGUGCGCCGGGUACCUGGAGGGGAGCCAGGACAGUUGCCGUGGAGACGACGGCAGCCCCCUGGUCACGCUGUAUGGCUCCACCCACUUCCUGAUCGGUGUGGUGGGCUGGGGGCGGGGCUGCUCCCACCCGGGCUAUUACAGCGUGUACACCAACACGGCCCACUACGUGGACUGGCUGGAGGACACCAUGAAAAACACCACGGCCAUGGCCACGCCCACAGCCACGCUCACCAUGGCAUCCGAUCCGUUAGAACAAAAACUGGUUUAGAAAAGAAUCAAGACAGGAAAUAAAAGUCUGUGAAUCUGA